AUGACGGGCAAUUACAACAACUAUACUAAUUUUCGUGAUCGGAUGUACAAGAGGAUCGAUGAAGAAACGGAAAAUUUCUCGAGAGAGUUUGUCGCGGGGGUAGAAGAAUUCAUGACAUUUGCAAAUAGUCAGGAAUUAAUGCAGAACAAUGGCGGUAAGUUCUUUUGUCCUUGCAGUAUUUGCAAAAACGAAAAAUUUCUCCCGGGGCAAAAAAUCUUGAGACAUAUAUAUAGUAGAGGAUUUAUGGAAGAUUAUUAUGUUUGGUACAACCACGGAAAAGAAAUAGAUAUGAGAUUAGGAACGAGUUAUGUUGAUCCUACGCAUUUAAGUGGUAGCGGAGAAGGUGGUAAUUUAGUACAAGAUAGAUAUGUGGAAAUGGUGAAUGAUGCAUUUUGUGAUAAUGUGACUUAUGAUAAUUAUCAACAUGAUGAUAAUUAUCAAAAUGUCGUAGAUCCGGUUUCCAACCAUUCACAAAAAUUCUAUGACUUGUUAGAAGGAGCCAAAAAUCCUUUGUAUGAUGGUUGUCAUGAAGGUCACUCGCAGUUAUCCUUAGCUGCUCGAGUUCUGCAAAAUAAGACAGAUUAUAAUAUGAGUGAAAAGUGUGUGGAUUCGGUAUGCCAAAUGUUAACAGACUAUUUACCAGCCGGAAACCAAUCAACUGCUUCACAUUACGAGACAGAAAGGUUGAUGCGCAAUUUGGGCAUCCCAUACUAUACAAUUGAUGUUUGUGUUAACAAUUGUAUGAUCUUCUGGAAAGAGGAUGAAAAAUGGGAUGAAUGUCAAUUUUGUGAUGCACCAAGAUGGAAGCCUAGAAAUGAACGGCGUAGAACGAAAGUAGCAUAUAGUCGUAUGUGGUAUCUACCUAUUGCUGACAGAUUAAAGAGAAUGUACCAGAGUAAGAAGACUGCAUCAGCAAUGAGAUGGCAUGCAGAGCACCAAGCAAAGGAGGGUGAAAUGUGUCAUCCGUCAGAUGCGGCAGAGUGGAAAAACUUUCAAGAUCUACAUCCCCGUUUUGCAGAAGAACCUCGUAAUGUUUAUCUUGGCUUAUGUACAGAUGGCUUCAAUCCAUUCGGAAUGUCUAAUAAUCAUUCGUUGUGGCCAGUGAUCUUGACUCCAUAUAAUCUACCCCCUGGUAUGUGCAUGAAUACAGAAUACCUGUUUUUGACAAUUUUGAAUUCUGGACCGAAUCAUCCGCGAGCUAGUCUAGAUAUCUUCCUUAAACCUCUGAUUGCGGAGUUGAAAGAUCUGUGGUCUACUAGAGUUGAAGCAUAUGAUGUCUCCUUGAAUCAAAAUUUCAAUCUUAAAGCUGUGCUUCUCUGGACGAUAAGCGACUUUCCGGCAUACGGCAUGCUAUCAGGAUGGACGACCCAUGGUAAGUUGUCUUGUCCAAUUUGCAUGGAAGAUAUUAAGGCUUUUUAUCUACCUAAUGGAAGAAAGACUUGUUGGUUUGAUUGUCAUCGAACAUUUCUUCCUCAUGACCAUCCACUGAGGAAGAAUAAAAGGGAUUUCGUGAAGGGAAAACACGCUGUUAAUGAUUUUCCACCUGAAUCUUUGACUGGUGAGCAAGUUUAUUCGGAGCGGUUAAGUGAUGUCAGUCCACCAAAAACAUCCAAGUGUGGUGGAAAUGGUCACGACAAGAAGAAACCUGGAUAUGGAAAAACCCAUAAUUGGCACAAGGAAAGCAUAUUCUGGGAACUGCCGUACUGGAGGGACCUUACUCUUCGACAUAAUAUUGAUGUGAUGCAUAUUGAGAAGAAUUUUUUUGACAACAUCAUCAAUACUCUUAUGAAUGUGAAGGGUAAGUCGAAAGACACCAUCAAGUCAAGAUUGGAUAUAGUAUUUUUCUGUGAUAGGGAACAUUUACAUGUUGAUAGCAAUGGGAAGGCUCCUUUCCCUCCGUACACAUUGGACAAGACCGCAAGAACAAGUUUAUUGGAAUGUGUGAAACAUUCGAUUAAAUUCCCAGACGGUUAUGCUUCGGACCUAGCUAAGUGGGUUGAUCAUGAGAAUGGAAAGUUUUCAGGCAUGAAGAGUCAUGACUGUCAUGUUUUUAUGGAGAGGCUACUUCCAUUUAUAUUUGCAAAUCUCCUCGUCCAAAACGUCCAUCUUGCGUUAUCAGGGGUUGGUUUAUUUUUCCGUGACCUUUGCUCCAGAACUUUGCAAAAAAGUCGGCUUAAUAAACUUAAAGAGAACAUAGUUUUGAUAAUCUGCAAUUUGGAAAAGAUCUUUCCACCAUCAUUUUUCGACGUGAUGCAACACUUGCCUAUACAUCUCCCAUAUGAAGCUGAACUAGGGGGGCCCGUGCAAUACAAGUGGAUGUUCACAAGAUUUGAUGAAGGUCAAGUCCCUGUAUAUCAUGUCGAAGGAGUUCCUGAUAUAUUUACUCAUAUAGGUCGUCCAAGUGGGGAAAUGCAAGAACUACGGCUAUCUGAAAAAGAUUAUCGAUGCGCACAUUCAUAUGUUUUGCGAAAUUGUAAUUAUUUUCAGCCAUUUGAGAGGAUGUUCGGAGAUUAUAUCAGUGCAAAAUAUCCAGACAUCUCGGAAAAUGAACUCUCUGCGAGAAGAGCCGAUGAAUAUCAUAUAUGGGUGAAAGAUUAUAAGCAUGGUGAGGGAAGAAAGACUUGUAACUAUGGAGUAUGUGUUAAAGGGGAGAGUUAUACAAAUGUAACUGAUGAAGCACAUUACUACGGAAUCUUAACUGAUAUCAUACAAAUCGAGUAUGAGGGGGCAGUCGAUUUGAGAAUCACACUUUUUAAGUGUAAGUGGUAUGACCCUGUUCUUGGUAGAGGCACCCGGCGGAGCAAUGCCGGUAUCAUUGAUGUGCUUUCAUCAAGAAAAUACGACAAAUAUGACCCCUUUAUUCUAGCAUCACAAGCAGAACAAGUUUGUUAUAUCCCGUAUCCGUAUGUAAAAAAACCAAAGAAGCUAUGGCUCAAUGUUCUAAAAGUGAAUCCGAGAAGAUUAAUCAUUCCUGGAGAAUAUGAAGACGUAGCCUCGGUGACGUUACAACAAGAAAACUAUGAUGCUGUUUCUUUGACUACAAUUGAAAACCUAGAAUUUGAGCAUUUGGCACAUGAUCGAGAAGAACCAAUAAAUCUCGAUUUCGAGGUGGCAGAUGGAGAACCAAAUGACGAAUUCCAAUGUAAUUUAUCGUCACCCGAUGAUGAUGAAGAGGAAUAA